AUGGGGCGUGUCGCGACUUUCCUGGUGGGCGCAUUCGCGCAGCUCACAGCGCUGCAAAGCGCAGUCGCCGAGCCGAUUGCUCCGACCCCAAGAGGAGCGCCUUCCGUCGACCUAGGCUACGCUGUCUACGAGGGAUCCUAUGAUGCAUCCUCUAAAGUCAACAGCUUCAAGGGAAUUCGAUAUGCGGCACCCCCACUUGGAAAUCUUAGAUGGGCUGCACCGCAAGCGCCAGCAACGAACAGAUCCGCUACCAUUCCCGCUACUGAAUAUCCGUCAGCUUGCCCUCAGACUGGCGCAUCGUCCAAGACCCCUCCCCAGUACGGCUUCGUCUCUGGACCUGGCAAUGAAGACUGUCUGUUUCUGAACGUCUUUGCCCCUGCGGGCGCCAAAAACCUCCCAGUCUUCUUUUGGAUUCAUGGAGGAGGCUAUGGGCUAUUCUCUUCGAAGGGUCUUGAUCCGACCGAAUUCAUGUCCACUAAUGGGAAUGCGUUUGUCUCCGUCGUCAUCCAAUAUCGCCUGGGCGCGUUUGGUUUCUUAUCCGGAGAGGAUAUCAAACAAGACGGCGCGCUCAAUGCAGGACUCCUUGAUAUGAAUUUCGCAUUGCAAUGGGUCCAGCAGUAUAUCCAGAAAUUCGGCGGGGACCCAACUCGCGUCACCAUCGCAGGCGAAUCAGCCGGCGGUGCUGCAGUCAUGUAUCAAGCCAUGGCAUACGGGGGCAAGCAAGACAAGACCUUGUUCAGCAAUAUCAUCACUGCAAGUCCAUGGGUCCCUUAUCAGUACAACUACGAUGACGAGGUGCCGACCAAAGCCUAUGAUGACUUUGCGGAGGCUGCAGGAUGUCAAGAUGCAGACGAUACACUGCAAUGUCUUCGCGCCGCCGAUACCGUGGUCCUGCAAAACGCCAGUGCCAAAGUGUCGGAAGCAGGUCCCUUUGGUACUUUCGCUUUUCUUCCGGUGACUGAUGGGACUUUCGUCCAGAAGCGACCAACCGAGCAGCUCUUUGCGAAAGCUGUGAAAGGCAAACGCCUUCUCUCUUCGAACCUGGCCCACGAGGGUGUUCCCCUGAGUCCACCAACCGCCAAGACUCUGCAAGCCUUCCGUGACUACAUCGACAUCACCUUUCCCAACUUCUCCGACGCAGACAAGGCUGCACUGGAGAAGCAAUACUCGUAUGCAGGUGACGACAAAGAUACCGAUCCCUCGGCCCCACUCUUCGACACUACAGGUGUAUCCGGCCCCACCGCCGUAAAUCAAUCCGUUCAUGCCACCGGUCAACAACAGCGCGUAUUCAACGUCUUCGCCGAGUACGCCUUUGAUUGCCCGAGCUACUGGCUCGCCUCGGCCUUCCCACAGGCUUGGAAGUACCAAUGGAGCGCUCCACCUUCUUACCACGGCUUCGACCUCAACGCACUCUGGUCCAAGGGCCAGAAGGCGCCUGGGCGGGAUUUCAUCCGUACUUUCCAGAAGAUCUGGGGUAGCUUCAUCACCACCAACAAUCCCAUUAUCUCCAUCUCGGACGCCAAAGGCUCCAAAAACAACGCAACCGUACCGGUUGGCCUGUUUGGCAAGAUCAACUGGCCUCAAUGGAACGACCGCAGCCCGACACUCCUUAGUCUGAACUUCACGGGUGGGGUGCCGCAAUUCCACGACCCCACGGAGAAUCUGAAGUACUACACAUAUACGGAUCCCGGUGUGACCAACCAGCACAAGAUUGCGGACGCGAGGAAGUGGGAAGGUGGUAGGGGGAAUAGAUGUGACUGGUGGAAGAGUCAAGCUUCUAAGGUGCCGUACUGA